CUUCUUUAUUUUUUCAUCCUUUUCUUAUUAACGCGUUGCGUGUACUUCCUGGACGGUCGUUUCGUCCUCCGAUACACAUGCGCCUUGCCCGCGGUCCUUAAGCCGGCUCCCUCCCCGGCUUUUCUUGUCCAUUGUCUUUAUUCAAAACAACUCGGUGUAGAUACGAAAGCAGGAAUAACGAAGAAAUCCUCGUCAAUUAUCGUUUAGUUGCCUACAGCCCCAUUAUACCACCGAACGGGGGCCAUCAUGGCUCAACAGACCGACCAGCUCGCCGAUCAGAUCGCCCGGCUCAGCGCUGCUCGCAACCUCGUCUUGGGCGAUUCGGCCUUCUACCCACAGAUUGUGAAUGGGAUCCUACCGAUUAUUGGCGCGAGCGCGCGAUUGGAAUUGCGACGAUGGGGAGCAGAGUUCUUAGCAGAGACAUUCGCUAGUCCUGCGUUGGCUACGGGUCAGAAGGAACAGUUGGCAGCAAAUGCAUUGCAAACUUUGCGGGAAAUCUUGGAGAUACCGGAGGAGGAUACAUUGGUCUUGAGGCACAUAGUGCAGACUACGGCCAGUCUAUAUCCGCUGGUUUUUAGGCACAUCAUAAAUCAUCCAGGAGACGCUGAGGCGUGGGAAAGAAUGACGGCAAUUAAACAAGAGAUUCUGCGCCGGUGGGAUUUGUUCCCUUUCUCGGUUAAAAUCUGCUGCAUCAAGUUUGUGCAGCGAGUCGUCCAGGUUCAGACCCAUGGUUUAAUUUCGGAUCCUCGACGACCCGAUCAAAACGAAACGUCCCUAGCCAUUGUCCCUAGAAAUCAUCCUAUACUAGCCCUGCCAAAUCUGGAAGCUGAAGCUUCUGGACUGCUUGAUAGAUUGCUGGCCGUCUUUCAAGAAGAAUCCAGCGAUCCCCUACUCGUAAAUGCAACAUUGAACAGCUUGGCAACUCUUGUCCGAACGCGACAAUCUAUCGCCAACAAAAUUAUCAACGCCGUCAUGAGCUUUUUCCCUGCGAAGCAAGUGCGCCUGCCAAUGACACCAACCACGCGUGUUGGCGUCAAGUCGAUGGAACGGACGAGCAGAGCAUUGUUGAUCAAUAUAAUGAAGAGGAACCCCAAUCACCCUCUUGCAGGAAAGAUGCAACAAUACAUCGAACGUUUGAUGCAGUCACGUUUGGAGGUUGCUGAUGAUGCGUCGCGCAAGCGUGCUUUACCAACUGAACCAACCGAUGGACUUGAUGCGGCGAAGCGGGCUAAGCUUGAUGCCGAAACUCCCCCAUUGAUGAAGAUCCCUCCUCUCCCCCCGGGACCUACAAGUUUUUCGCAACUCUUUACAUUGACGGAAGACACCGGGCUUUCAUCAUUCGACGUCAAACAAUUGCCUGUUGACCUCCUGGUUAAGAUCGCAGUCCCCGUUCUCACACGUGUGAACCAAUCUUCCUUACAGCAAGCCGUUGAUGCCGUACGGAUGCGAUAUGAGACUAUCAGCAAACAGCAAUCUGCGCAGCGACAAGCUGCAUCGCAACAGCCGGUAGAAGAAGAAGACGAUGAUUACGAGCCCGAGUACCAACCCAUGGAUGUCGCAGAAAACACCGCUGAACAGACCGAAGCCGUAUCAACGGAGGUGCCAGAUCUUCAGCCAGACUUGGUGUCUCUUGGUCCGUUUGUACUACCGCAACCUCCGCCACUAUCAGAAGACGAGGCCGGAGAAGUUGGUCGCAGUGCGGUUGGAAGAGUGUUUGGCAUGCUAGCAUCUACCGAAAUGGCACCCAAGCCAGCGAAAGGCAAGAGUCAACAGCAACUGGGUUUUACAAGGCUAGCUGGAAGCACGUUCGAUCGGGACGCAUGGGUAACAUUGCUUACUAGACUGGCGACUCGAGCACCCGCGGGUCUAGAAGUGGAGGACGGCCAGAAGGCUGAGCAAGGUGCAAGGAAGAAACCAACAAUAUCCGACUCGAUACGGGAGACAUUAUACCGAUAUAUCCUCGAAGACUUCAGAUCGAGAGUCAAUAUCGGGAUCACAUGGCUCAACGAGGAAUGGUACAACGACCGGAUUCAAAUGAAAUUUACUGCAUCUCAGCGCGAUCCGGAGUCCGAGGAUGUUUCCGUGCCAUUGCACUAUGACCGCUGGGCAUUGCGGCUUCUCGACGGAUUUUUGCCCUACCUCGAUUCUCGAGACACCAAGAUAUUUGUACGAUUCCUUAGUGAAAUCCCCGAAGUGACCAUCCCAAUUACACAAAGAAUAGCCAGCCUCGCGAAAGAUCCUGAGCGGGUAAAUCUAUGCGUUCAAUCAUUGCUAUAUCUGAUUAUGUUCCGUCCUCCUGCACGGGAGAUGUGUCUGAAUACAUUAGAGGAUGUUUACCAAACCUAUGAGGAAGCACGUCCAGCAGCCAGCAAGGUCCUAGCCAAGUGGCGCCCCCAAAAUCAGCCAGAGCAGCAACAACAGCAACAGCAACAAUCAACUCUGGCAUCCCGCCCUGCUGCCACAGAAAACAACACUGCCGCAACCAACGGCGAUACGGAGACGCCGCAGCCUACCACUACCCCUUCCCAGCCCGACCAACAGCAGCAGCAACAGCCAGAACAAAGCACAGCAGCCAGUUAGGCUGGAACAUUCUACUAUGUUAUCGAUCUAAAUGAAAUGAAAGGAGGAAUUUUCUCUUGGGAGUUAAACUACCCAAUCUUGUUUUUGAUAUACCAAAUCUGUACUUUUUCUUUUCUUUUCCUCGGCUGGGUUCUAUGUGGAAUCGGAUUUGCUACAAUUGCAUUCAUACCUGACCAACCAGCAAGCAAGCACUAUUGAAUGGGACAUAUACUACUUUAUACGAGUCGCUCUUAAGGGCCUAGCUGCAUAUUGUCAGCCAUGAGCAACUUUAUUUGUAUCGUGUUAUUAUGAAGCUGGUUAUGAAUAUUAAAGUAUACCUACACCGAAG